AUGGCACCUCCUUUGGAGAAGGAGAUCACAAUCUCCGAAGUGAGUGAUCCACGAGUCAACGCAGCGAAGUUGGAACAAGGACCUGGAGAUAUUUGCAAAGACGUCGAACGCCAAACCCAACACCCUACCACAGAAUACGAUACCCCCUUCUCUGUUUGGAGCCGUAGUGAGAAGAAGUUUAUCAUCUUGACCGCAUCUAUUGCAGCGUUCUUUUCUCCCGUUUCGGCUCACAUAUAUUACCCUGCACUUAAUCGAAUCUCGGAAGACUUGAACGUAUCAACCAGCCUCAUAAAUUUGAGCAUCACCACGUAUAUGAUAUUCCAAGGGCUUGCACCCGCAUUUGUGGGUGAGUUCUCUGAUAACGCUGGGAGACGACCUGCCUACCUCGUCUGUGGAAUGAUAUAUACCAUAGCCAACAUUGGUCUUGCACUCCAAAACAGCUAUGCAGGCCUCCUGGUGCUUCGGUGUUUUCAAAGUGCAGGCAGCAGUGGAACGGUGUCUCUUAUAUAUGCUGUUAUUGCUGAUGUGGUUCCCUCUUCGGACAGAGGAAGCUAUGUCGUGUACGCUGCAGUUCUCCCCCAAUUGGCGCCUUCGCUCGGUCCGGUAAUCGGGGGUCUACUUGCACAAUACGCAAAUUGGCAUUUUAUUUUUUGGUUCUUGUUCAUCGUCGCAACUGUUGUUUUUGUUCCCCUCGGGCUUUUCUUCCCAGAGACGUGCCGGAAAAUCGUGGGAGAUGGAUCUAUUUCACCUGCGAAACUCAACCGAUGCCUCACCAAUAAAAUACAAGAACGAAGGAUGGCAGCUGAAAACAGCAACAUUGCUCAGCCAAAACAAAAUGACGAGGCUCCACAAUCAAAAAAACAUAGUCUACGAUUUCCAAAUCCUUUCGCGGUCCUCGCACUCCUUGUCCAGAAAGAAUGCGGACCGAUCCUUAUCUACACCGCCGUCUUUAGCUCUGGCAUGUUUUCAACACUCGCAUUAAUACCCUCACAGUUCAAAAAAGUGUAUGGUUUCAACGAGCUCCAGCUCUCUCUAUGUUACAUCCCACUCGGCUGCGGCACAAUCGCCGCCGCAUUCAUCCGAGGCCGCAUCAUCGACUCACGCUUCAGACACUAUGCAAACAAACUAGGCCUCGAAGUGGUGAGGAACCGCAAAAUGGAUCUGACCGACUUCCCACUGGAAAAAGCCCGCAUCGAGGUCGUCCUUCCAACGUUGUAUCUCGGAUCGGCAUGUAUUAUCGCAUUUGGCUGGACCGUCCAAUCUGAGACCCACCUCGCAGGCCCAUUGAUCCUGCUGUUCUUCAUUGGUUUUUGCUCCAGUGCGACGAACAGCACGUUCCAGGUCUUGCUGGUCGACAUCUAUCCCGGGCGAGCAGGUGCGGUCACUGCGGCGAACAAUCUGCUGAAGUGUUGGCUUGGUGCGGCGGCUGCGGCUCUGGUCAUACCCAUGAUCAACGCCAUUGGAGUUGGUUGGACGUGUACUCUUUUCAGCGUUUUCUUCGUCGCGGGUAGUCCGCUGCUCUGGUUCAUCAUGAAGCAUGGCCCGAGGUGGAGACGCGAGGCUGCUGAGAAGAAGAAGACCAAGGACCAUGAUGUCGAUGGGUGA